AUGGACUGGCAGAGGGAGUACAGACGCGGUGCCAGUCGCCCAAGCCCAGGACCCAAGCCCAGCGCCAUUGCUGCUUCGCUACGCCCUGCUGCGACGGCCACCCAGCGUCGCCCCAGGGGCUUGACGUCACCACUGAAAUUCGUCUGCCAGAAUCUCAACCAGCUCUGCCACCACCUCGCCCGCGUUCCACCGUAUCGACUCUGUCCGAUUCAGACGGCCCUACCCCGCAUUGGCCGCCCGUCCUUUUCCCAUUGCUGA